GGAUGAUGGAACCUGGAACCAAGUACGCGUUGCGCCAUGCAACAGACCCGAGCGGGUUGAAGUGGGCUGCGACAAUCAAGCUCACGCCAGAAGUCCUAGAGAAGCUCCAAGCGGGGUCGGUGUCAAUUCGCUUUGCCGCUGAAAAGACCGACACGAGCGUGCUGCAGGUGAACGGAGAAACGUUCGAGCUGCUGUCAUUCCAGGAAGAUCGUACAGUUAGCCACUUGUGCACAUUGCGACAGGAGCAAUGUAAUGGUGGCAGAGGGUAUGCAUUCCACGAGGUUUGUGCUUUUCAUCAUUGCAUUCCUUUGUUUCUGUGGUCCCUUGUUCGUGCAUGUAGACUGGUCGCAUUGCCAAGAAGCUUCUAGUUCAGCGCAUGCUCGAUGGAAUUGAAAAGGAUCGGAUCAAAGAUCGACAUGCCAAGAGCGUCGAGGACUCCAAGGCUCGCAGCUCCAUCGUGCUCGAAAACAAACCAACGAUCGGCAAGGGCAAAACGCGCACUAUGCGCCAAACCGUACUUCUAAAUCCAUCCCUAUCUCUCAAAGCUACAUCUACCCCAUCUACCUCGAUGCGGAAGCGGCGCCUUCCUUCGGCACUAACACCCGAGUCCUUGGAGUCCAUGAUGCAGGCUAUUGACAAAGACGAGUUGCGACAUAUUCCACUCCCUCCUGCACCUAUUUUCCCUUCCGAAAGCGCAUCCUCCACUUCCGUGGACGCGGCAACGGCUUCUUGUGAUGGCGCUCCAGGUGGCACGACAAAGAAGAAAUCAACGAAGAAAUCGAUAAUCGGUUCAACAGCCCCGACACAAAAAAAGCCAACGAAAAAGGAACUCAAGGCUGCUGCCGAAGCUGCGGCGAAACAUCUCCAGACCACUGUCGAGGAAGACGAGCCCGCGGUCCAUGCUGACAGCGACCGUGACGACCGCAACCUCGAAGAGGAGUCGGCGCUACCAUCACCACAAGAAUUCGAUGUGAUCAAGAAACGCUCGUCCACGAACAGCCCGCCGCUGAUCCGCGCAAAACGCCGUGUCUUGUCGUCCGCUCUAAAUUCGCUGUCGACGUUUACGCCCGACGUGGAAGCGGUGUUCAAGCGCCACAUUGCAGUGCCACGCACCUUGCAGCCCAUUACCUCGGCGGAAGACUUGGUGGGCCGUCAGAAGCAGCACAAAGACCUCUUAGCAGAGUGGACACUGCUGGAUAAGGCGUAUGCUGUGGAGAACGUGUUGCGCCACGGCGAGGCCAUCACUGGCACGUAUGGUCUCCAAGCGGCGACCAACACUACAGCUGCUCGUCGUCGCGUUGAGGGAAUGUCAUUGCUUCGAAAACUGCUGGCGCAGCUGCAUGAACAACUAGAGCAGCUCCAUGCUGCCAUCACAGUAUACACAGAGGAUGUGGACAAGGCCACGGCCACCACGAGUAAUUGCCACCAGGGUUCGUAGGUCCGACACGACCUCUCUGCAUGGACUUCCACCUCCAGAAAAGCUUCAACUCUGUAUGGUUUGAUCGGCACCGCAUAAUAUAUGAAUGAGAGGAAGGAGUACACGUCUCCCAU